UGUCCUUGGUGAUGGUGCGGGCGGCUGGUGGUUGGAACCGCUGCAGUGGCAGGGGCGCUGCUGCCUUCGGGAGCGGAGCAGCGGUGCGGUGUACUGGCUGGCAGCGGCAGCGGGGGGAGGAGGGGGAGGAGAGGAGGGAGAUGGAGGAGCGGGUGGGGAGGUGGGGGCGGAGGAGGUGGCGUAUCCGGAGCUGCUGGGCAGGUGGCAGGUGCGGGCGAAGGGGAGCCCAUUGGCGGGAGGCAAUAUCGGUACCUGGGGGGCUUAUGGAAGGACGCAAGAGGCGGGCUGUCAGGCAGAGAUCGCAACCUUGCAAGGCGACUGCUGCCAAGGAUGUUCCCAAUGACCUCUGACGCCGACAAGCUCCCAGCAUCGUAGCCCUGCCCUAGGACUCCGUGCUCCAAAAGCGCGAGGAAGUCUUCCUCCUCCAUGCCCUCCUCUUCGACUCCUCUUCGACUCCUCCCUGCUCCCGCCCCUGCUCCGCCCCCUCAGGACGGCCGGCUGCUCCCGCCACCCCGCACCUCCUGCGUGCUGUCCGCCCUGUUCCCCGCACUCGACCGGCACCUGAAGGAGCGGCGGGUGCUCUUCUCCGACCUGCUGGACAGCUACGACCGCGGCGGAGUGGGCAGCCUGGGGCUGGGGGAGCUGGCGGGGCUGAUGCGGGCGCUGCUGGGGGGCGCGGGGGCGGAGGGAGGGGCAGGAGAGGCAGGGGUGUCACCAGCGGACGUCAAAUAUGCCAUGGCCAUGCUUGACGGCGACGGUGACGAGCGGGUGACCCGGGUGGAGUUCCUGGCUGCCGCUCGGAGCUACCUGGAGGCCAGCCGGGGGGCGGAGGGGGCGGAGGCGGCGGGCAAGGCCGUGCUGCUGGAUGCCACCGCCCGCCUACAAGCCGACCCCGCUGCCGCUCGCACCGCAUUCGAGCGCCUGCUGGCCGCCCACCCACCCGGCUCCGAGGCACGCGGUCGGCUGGGGCCCCCGCAGCUGGCGGCCUUCCUGCGGGGCCUGCUGCCGGGGCUGGGGCAGGAGCAGCUGAGGCAGCUGCUGAGACACAUGCACAGGCUGGACGCCAGCGAGGAGGGCGGACUGAGCUUCCCGCAGCUGCUGUUCGUGCUGGGGGUGCGCAGCCAGCAUGGGGGGAAGGAAAGGAAGGAAGAGGCGGUGGCAGCAGCAGCGGGCGGGGAGGAGGAGGAAGAUGGGGAGAAGGAGGAGGCGGUGGCUGCAGCCCCUGCUGUAGCGGAGGAUGCGAAGGCGGAGUUAGCAGCAGGAGGGCCGGAGCAGCCAGCCCCAGCACAGCCACAGCCGGAGCAGGAGGAGGAGUCGCCGCCCACACAACCGCCGCCGGUGUCGGACGCUGAACAGGCAGCAGAGGGCAUCGAGGGCUGUUCCUCGCAUGAGCAGCAGGAGGCGGGUGAGCGGGCAGCGGUUGGCUCGGAGCACCACCCACCGCAGCAGCAGCAGCAGCAGGAGCUGGCGGGCCUGGUCGACCCCGCCACCGGUGCCACCCUGCAGCACGACACGGCCACUGGGGUGGUGUAUGCGAUUGUGGCGGCGGGGGAGUGGCCGCAGGUGGUGGGCGUUAUGGAGGCGGGUGGCGAGCUGCGGCGGCUGCAGUGGCGGCCGGACGGAGGGCUGUUUGCGGCGCUAGACACCUACCUCAAGCAGCACAGGGUGCGGUUCAGCGAGCUCUUCCGCUCCUGCUGCUCCGCCGCCGCCUCCCCCGCCUCCUCAUACUCCGGGGGGGCGGGCGGCGGGGGGCGGCUGGAUGCGGACGGCUUUCGGCGGCUUGCGCGGAUCGUCAUGCCGGGGGCGGGGGAGGGGCUGCUGCUGUUCUUGCAGGCCUUUCUGGACCCCUGCUGCGAGGGCGGGCUGGGCUACGAAGAGCUGCUGUUCUUGGCGCGGGCGGCACUGCGGGCGGGCCGGGAUGCGGAUCGGGAGCGGGAGGCCGGGGCGGCGGGCGGCGGAAAGUGCGGGGCGGUGCUGGCGGCGGCACUGGAGCGGCUUAGGGAGCAGUUGGCGCGGGAGCCGGCUGCCGCCCUGCGUCUCUACCGGUCCGCGGCCGUCCCUCCCCGCCGCGACCGCUGUCUCACCUUCCCCCAGCUCGCUGUCUUCCUGCUCCGCCUGCUGCCUGACGUGGACGAGGGUCAGCGGCGCGCGCUGCUGUGCUACCUGCGCAUGCAUGUGCGUGCCGGGGUGUGUUAAGAAAACUGGCCGCGAGUAGGAACGUACUGCCGGGGUGUGUGUGUGGAAAGAAGAAUAGCCAAUGUGUUGAAUGAGAAUUGCAAACAAGACGACGUGGGGGGUUCAGAGCUUGGGGCGAGGAGCUUGGGGGCGGGGCCCGAACAAUGAAAGGAAAGAUGGGGGGCUCCGCUCAGCUGUUGCGUUCGCAGCGUAUCGCUUCCACUCGCUGCGCCCCUUUGCUGCUAGGGGCGCUUCAGUCUGGCCCCCUGCUUUGCUUGUUGUGCCUUAUGGGUUGCCCCGUUCUAACCCCCCUCCCCGCGCGGCUCCUCUGCUGCCGCAGGAUGUCGCAGACGCCGGUGUGGUGUCCUGGCGCGUGCUGGUGCGCUGUCUGCGGCUGCCGCAGCUGGAGGCAGCAGCAGCAGCGGAGGGGGAGGGAGAGGGGGUGGGAGGGUUGGAGGAGG